CGUCUUUAAAGAUGGGCUGUGUUACCCAUCACGUAGCCUCUUGUGGAUCGGAUUUUUCUUUUGAUUUCUCUCCGCCUCAGGAUAAAGAAGAGGCUUACGUCGACCCCAUAGACCCCGUAUAAUCGUCCUUCAUCUUCGUCUUGACUUAAAAGCCUCACGCCUCUUUCCAAUCCUGCCCCGCUGUCUUCCUUUGCUCCUUUCAGCCUUUGCCACCCACUUAAGGACAAGGCUUUCUGUCGUUGUUACCUCUGACUCUUGUCGUUUGUCCAACAAUCUUCAAACGACCUGCGAUUGAACUGCCGCUUGUCAAACUGUUCAUUGCUCAUCAAUCACUUGAGGCAUGUUGAGUUACGAUAAAGCACCGACUGCCUAUCAUGGCACGGUGCUACCGUACAACAACUCUAAUUCCAACUCUGCAUCAUCCUCAUCAUCCUCACCAACGACCCCGACGCAGAGACUAGCACGCAAAAUGUCCCAACGUGACCGCCAUGUCUUUGUUGUGUAUGGGCCUGCCGGGUGUGGCAAGACCACUAUAGCCCAGUACAUAUCAAAGGCGUUCAACUUCACGUACAUUGAGGGCGACAAUUAUCAUCCACAGUCGAACGUUGAGAAGAUGAGCCGGAACAUUCCCCUCCAGGAUGCGGACCGAUGGGACUGGCUCAUCAACCUACGUGAGGCGGCCGUCGCUGCGCUCGAGCAGGAUGUGGACGGCGUUGUCUUGACCUGCAGUGCUCUGAAGAAGAAGUAUAGGGAUGUGAUCCGCAUCGCCAGCAUCAACGAGCACAGCGUUCACGUCCACUUCCUGUGCCUCCAGGCGGACCGAGCCACGCUGAUCAAGCGCGUCACGGCACGGAAGGAUCAUUUCAUGGGCCAAAAGAUGGUCGAUUCGCAACUGCGUGACCUCGAGCCCAUAGGGAGCCGCGAGACAGACGUCGUCCCGAUCGACGUACGUGGUACCCAGGCGGAGAACGAAAAAUUGGCGGAGGCUGCUGUCGUCUCCAUACUGUCAUGACGCCUUAUUUCUUCUUCCUUCCCCUUGUCUUGGCCUCCGUUCCGCGUCUUGUUUGACUUUGAAAAGAGAAUACAAAGGAUCAGCGAAGAACGCGAGGUCUGGAACCUUGCUUUGCUUUCGGGCUUGGUUUCAUCACCCUUAUGCGCCCCUCCCAUUCUUGAUGUCAACACGACCCUUCUGCAACAUGAUUUUUUUCUGGUUUCUCCGCAUCAGCAACUCUUAUUUGCGAGCAUCAGCGAACAGGCGCAACAUCUUCUAAACACUCCUGGGCAUUGGUACAAAGGAAUAUUGGGAAAAUCUUUGGGAUGGGGAGCCGGGGGAGUUUUUCCUUUUUUUUGUUUCUGAUUUGUCGGAUAUGCCCUCUCUUGUCGCUUAAUGUUCAUUUUCCUCUUUUUUUUGCUGAUUGUCUGCGGACCCAUCGCAAACGUUUUGCAAGGGCCUCCAAAAAUAUCCCUGGCUAUCGCAGGCCAAAUGUUUUGUAUCUUGUGCUUUUCAAAUCGAAUGUUCUCGUCCGUCUUCUCUACCUGCACGGUGUGCUUGCGUUUGUUUCUCUCCCAAGAUUAUCGCGUGCCAUCAAACCGAAAUGAU